AUGAGGGAAGCCGCUCUCGUACUUGUAGCUGUUGCAGUUUGCUCGGCUUCGGUGCUUGAGUUCGUGACACUGCCAAAGACAAUCAGUAUCAAAUCGGCAAAUCGGGAGCUCCGCCUGAGCGAAGUACCGCUGCUUAAUGAAAAUCUCCUUGGGCUUACGGCGAAGCCCGUUUCAGGCCGUUCACUGCCGCCUUUGCCGAGCAACUCGGAACGAAAGUAUCCCGUCAUGAAUGCUAGGAACAGUGAGCACUGGGCAGUCUAG